AUGGAUGACCUGGAGUCGCUGGAGCUGUUCUCGCUCGUGUCACGGGUGACGAACGAGCUCCAGAACCACCUGGGCAUCAACGACAAAACCCUCGCCGAAUUCGUUAUCGACCAACACCUCAAAUGCAAUGGCGCAUUUGCGGAAUUCAAGCAGGGCCUCAUUGACAUGGGUGCCGAGUUCCCCCAGAGUCUGAUGGAGAGUAUCGAUCGCUUGGUCCUUACCAUGCACCCAAAAUACAAGGCAAAGAAAGCAGACAAUGGCGACGCGCAAAAUGGUGAUAUCGACAAUGGUUUGGACGAGUUUGAUGCGCUAGAGAAAAAAGCGCGCGUGUUCAAGGGUCUUGCUGUUCCUGACACCGAGAAGCGCUGGGACGAAAAUGACUACUUGGAUCAAGCUGAUGACACCCAAGUUGGUGCGAUGGAUGAUACUUUCGCCAUGCUGGAGGGAUUGGCUGGGAAGCCAAAGAAUGAAAAACCGCAAGCCUCGAGACACCGAGACGAUCGCGGUCACAAACGGAGCCGCAGCCCGGAGUACGAUAGCCGUGGACGUCGACACAGAGACAAAGAUAGAUACCGCUCGAGGUCUCGAUCGCAGCGACGCAGUAGAAAUGACGACCUUGUGGACGAAUUUGGGAGAUCUAUCGAUAAAGACCGUCGGAGACGGCGUCAUCGUGAUCACGAUGAUGAUUUCCGCCCACCAGUUGAGCUGGACGACCAUCCCCAGCUAUACAAGAUUUACGAUGGAACGGUGACUGGUGUGAAAGAUUUCGGUGCUUUUGUCAACCUGCAGGGAGUUAAAGGGAAGGUUGAUGGUCUUGUCCAUGUCUCGGCCAUGCAGGAAGGCGCGCGUGUAAACCAUCCGUCUGACCUCGUUUCUCGCGGACAGCCAGUCAAGGUCAAAGUUGUCAGUAUCGAGGGCAGUCGUAUUGGUCUCUCCAUGAAAGAGGCCGAUCAAGUCACUGGAAUGGAUCUUAUUCCUCAAAAACGCUUGGCUUCAGGCGCUAAUAUGCAACGACUAGAUGGAGGGGGCGGCGCAAUCGAUCGGUAUGGCGGUCUCAGUUCUGAUGUGCCCGUCAUCGAAGGAGAAUCAAAUGGCCGGCCAAUGCGGAGUCGAAAGCGCAUGACUUCUCCGGAACGAUGGGAGAUUCGCCAGCUGAUUGCCUCUGGUGUUGCUUCCGCUGCAGACUACCCUGACCUGGAGGAAGAAUACCAUGCCACUCUCACGGGUGAAGGAACAUUUGAAGAGGAAGAAGAUGUUGACAUCGAAGUCAAGGACGAUGAACCUCCUUUCUUAGCUGGCCAGACCAAACAGUCCCUGGAACUUUCUCCUAUUCGUGUUGUCAAAGCUCCCGAUGGAUCGAUGAACCGCGCAGCAAUGUCCGGUACAACUCUUGCAAAGGAGAGGCGCGAUUUGAAACAACAAGAAGCACAAGACAAAGCCGCUGAACGGGCCGCCGAUGUCGACCUUAAUGCCCAAUGGCAGGAUCCUAUGGUUGCUCCUCAAGAUCGGCAGUUCGCUUCAGAGCUACGUAGCAAGCCGAAGGACGAAACGGUGCCAGAAUGGAAGCGAGUCACGAUGGGCACGGAUGGUAAAAACCAGUCACUUGGCAAGCGGACGGAUAUGCCUAUCAAACAGCAGCGUGAAAGUUUGCCAGUGUUCAAGUUCCGUAAACCAUUGCUUGAUGCUGUCGCAGACAACCAGAUUAUGAUUGUCGUUGGCGACACUGGCUCAGGCAAGACUACGCAGCUAACGCAGUACCUCGCCGAAGCUGGAUACGGAAACAAGGGCAUCAUCGGUUGCACUCAACCACGUCGUGUCGCUGCUAUGUCUGUGGCUAAGCGUGUCUCCGAGGAGGUUGGUUGUCGCUUGGGAGCUGAAGUCGGAUACACAAUUCGAUUCGAAGAUAUGACAAGCCCAGAAACCAUCAUCAAGUACCAGACCGAUGGUAUGCUUCAGCGAGAGAUCUUGAUCGAUCCCGAUCUCAAAAAAUACUCCGUGAUCAUGUUGGAUGAAGCUCACGAGCGAACAAUUGCGACUGAUAUUCUAUUCGGACUAUUGAAGAAAACAGUCAAGCGCAGGCCCGACCUCCGCUUGAUUGUUACCUCGGCGACAUUGGAUGCUGAGAAGUUCUCUGAAUACUUUAAUGGCUGCCCUAUCUUCUCCAUUCCUGGCCGAACAUACCCCGUCGAGAUUAUGUACUCGAAGGAGCCGGAGUCUGAUUACCUUGAUGCAGCCCUUAUCACCGUCAUGCAAAUCCAUUUAACGGAAGCUGCUGGUGAUAUCCUUCUGUUCUUGACGGGUCAGGAAGAAAUUGACACGGCGUGUGAAAUUCUUUUCGAAAGAAUGAAAGCAUUAGGACCAUCAGUGCCUGAAUUAAUCAUUCUCCCUGUCUACUCUGCCCUUCCCAGCGAGAUGCAAUCACGAAUUUUCGAUCCAGCACCCCCAGGAGCCCGCAAGGUCGUCAUUGCAACCAACAUCGCCGAAACGUCCAUCACAAUCGACAAUAUCUUCUAUGUCAUUGAUCCUGGCUUCGUCAAGCAGAAUGCCUAUGACCCGAAGCUCGGAAUGGACUCUCUGGUAGUGACACCCGUGUCCCAAGCCCAGGCUAAACAGCGUGCUGGCCGUGCUGGACGAACUGGCCCCGGAAAGUGUUUCCGACUAUAUACCGAAGCGGCUUAUCAAUCGGAGAUGCUACCAACAACAAUUCCUGAAAUCCAACGGCAAAAUAUCUGUAAUACGAUUCUCAUGUUGAAAGCAAUGGGCAUUAACGACCUCCUCCACUUCGAUUUCAUGGACCCGCCACCCACCAACACUAUGCUCACUGCUCUAGAAGAGCUCUACGCAUUAUCUGCGCUAGACGACGAAGGUCUCCUAACUCGCCUAGGCCGAAAAAUGGCCGAUUUCCCCAUGGAACCCGCUCUCGCCAAGGUUCUAAUCGCAUCUGUGGAUAUGAGCUGCUCAGACGAAGUGCUAUCCAUCGUCGCAAUGCUAUCAAUCACAAGCCCCUUCUACCGUCCCAAGGAGAAACAACAACAAGCUGAUCAAAAGAAAGCCAAAUUCCACGAUCCAAUGGGUGACCACCUAACCCUACUAAACGUUUAUAACGGCUGGAAGCAAUCCAAUUUCAAUAGUUCUUGGUGCUUCGAGAAUUUCAUCCAAGCGAGACAAAUUAAGCGCGCAGAGGAUGUUCGCAAGCAGCUACUCGGUAUCAUGCAGAGAUACAAGCACCGCAUCAUUUCUUGUGGUAGAGACACCACCAAAGUACGACAAGCGCUCUGCACCGGAUUCUUCCGUAACGCAGCCCGCAAAGACCAAGAAGGUGGGUAUAAGACACUUGUCCAAGGUACACCUGUCUACCUCCACCCGUCUUCUGCGUUGUUUGGCAAGGGCUCUGAGCAUGUUAUCUACCACGAGCUUGUCCUUACAAGUAAGGAGUACAUGCACUACACUACUUCUAUCGAGCCGAAGUGGCUUGUCGAGGCUGCGCCUACGUUCUUCAAAGUCGCGCCUACAGACCGUUUGUCUAAGCGCAAGAAGGCCGAGCGUAUCCAGCCUUUGCAUAAUCGUUUCGCGGGCGAGGAUGAUUGGCGUCUUUCUGCGCAGCGUCGUGGAGGAAGGGGAGGUGGUGGUGGCACCUGGGGUUAA